GGUUAGGUGCUCAGGAUCGUUCGCGUCGGCGAUCGAUAACCGCGCGUGAGAGACGCGCGGUUUUCCGAGCUUUCCUUCUCUCCGCGUGCUGCAUCUCUCUCUCUCUCUUUCUCUCUCUCUCUCUCUCUCUCUCUCUCUCUCUCUCUCUCUCGUGCACGAUGUGCAUGAGAAUUUGGCCGCCUGUAUUCUUUCACGAUCAACGAGCGCGGCCUGAAGCGUUCCGCAAUUGACGUCUCCUCGAGCCGCCUGUCGGCAGGCGUAAUUGCCGCUGUCGGCAUGAAAGGUUAUUCGUGCCGAAUCGUAACACUGAAUCACGCUCUCAAUCAUAACAUCGGGUCUCGGUCACAAUAUUAGCCACGAGGGUAUAAAUAAACAAGCGGUCAUUUCACACGACGGGUUUUGCUUUGACGGAAUCUUAUCUCGAGGCGCGGCUGGUUGAAUAUCCGUUCUCAGAAAAAUUGGGAUACUUUUUAUUUGAUCAAUCAUCAAUAUUUGAAACGGGGGAGAGAAACGUGUGUUGAGAAGCGGAGAGAUUCUCCUCGUCGUUGAAAUUGAAGUCGCGGUUUAUGGCACAUCCUGUGUACGAUUCAAGUCGCGAAGUCCCACCGGAGCUUCCGGGAGACGUCAUUCGGAUCGACUUGUACGGCUUCCACGACGGGGAAACGCGUUCUUUCUACCCGCAUGGUAGAUGCACCGCGUCAACCUUGCUAAAAGACGAACGUGUGACGUGUCACAAUGCUAACGCGAGGUGUACAACCCUUCGGUUGUACUCGUAAUAUUUAUUCUACCCCCCUUUCGUUUGCUCUCCUCUCUGCGCGACACUCAUCGGAUCUCUUUGUCUUGUUCGGAUCAUUUUCAGAGAAACUGUGACUGCUUCCUGACAGUGAUCGGAAUUUGAAUUCACGCAUGUAAAAAUCGAUCGGAUGCAAUUUGCGACAUCUUCCGUCGCUGUCAAAUAACACCGUGGAAAUUUUGCAAAAACUUCACGCGAGGUGUCACCGGCACCGGUGUUGAAGACAGCCGCGAUUUGCCGGCGACUUCAAGUCGAUCCUGCGAUCGAUCGAUUAGGCUCCCGCUCGAGAGACAGCGGAGAGACAUCGACUCAUUAGCGCGCGCGCCAUAUCUUUCCGUCUGGAUAUCCCGCAGGCAAAGAAGGGAAGACUAUUCUCUCUCUCGUCGAAGGGCCUGUCUGUCGACAAUUGGCCGGAGGCACCAACGUUGCGCUCGUAAGAACGUUCGCGAUCGAAUCGAGACUUCGUCGCUUGAUUUGCGCCGACACUCACUUCGCCGAUACGUAGUGCGCGAACGUGGUUAAGAGACAUCGGUGCCGUCGUCGCAAAGUAAUGUCAUUGUCGGACAUCGCCGAGAUGGACGAGAGAUCGCCCGGGAGAUUCGGCGAGGAAUCAUUAGCCGAGAUGAGCGCGUCGCCGAUGUCCAACAUCGCCCACGAUCUCUGCAAGUCGUCGCUCGAUCCCGGCGGUAACGCCAAGAAGAAGCGGCCCCCUCAACGUUCAUAUACCUUCGACACCUCUCGUCGAGUGAGCGGCCGCAGGAGCGAAGGCAUGCACCAAAUGUUGUCAUGCGGCGUUCAGAGCAGAAGCACAAACGAAGCCGUGCAAAAUACUAAGCUGCUGUUCUGCUCCAACUGGGUACAGUCUCCAUACAGGAGCCAGAUGUUGGACAAGUACAACGACAAGGAAAACGACAGCGCCCCCUGCAGCUACCAGUCAUUCAGUCCUCCUCAGAAGCCUCCCACUGUAUACUCACUGCCGUGCUUCUAUCCUGUUCAGAGCGCGAAAAAGAUACGAUGGCCUCUGGAAGAUUGCUGGGAUCCCAACAGCCAGGACAGCGGUUACGGAGCGAACGACAACAAGGAGGAGAAACGGCAGUGCGAUGGCUUCCAGUUCGCAGAGCCGUCCGGCGUGGCACCGCGGCGUAUGUCCGUGGAUUCGCGCAGUCCGGUGCAAUCGCCAAUGCGAUCCUCGCCGCAGCAGCUGAGGGUCGCACGAUCGUCCUUGAUGCGUCAGUCGUCAGGAUACGAGAGCAUGGUGGACGAUGGCUUCACCGAGCUCAUCGACAUGGAGACCCUGGACGACACGACGCACCUCCCGAGCGGGAUCUCGUCGCUGCUGUCCGGCAACCUCGUCGCGCCCGGGUCGUCGUCGAUGGAGUACGACGUCUCGACGACUCCCGAGUUCUCUCGCACCGUCUCCAGCCGACUGAGACGGUCGCUAUCGCUGUGCGACCAGAAUAUGCUCUCGCAGUCGUUGUCGAAGGUGCGUACCUGCCUGUUCCGCUCGCCCGGCGCGACCUCCUCGACGGCGGCGCUGCUGGAAGCAUGGAAGGAUAACGGACCGAUGACUCCCCGGAAGAUUCCCUUCUCGAAAAUAUCCUACGAUGAGACACAGUCACCGCAGUCCAGCAGGUCUUGCAAACGACCGUCGGAGCAGUCGGCGGUGGACAACAGUCCCAAGUACACGUCCAAGAAGUUCCGCACGUCGAAGAGCCUAUGCCUCGACGUGGCCGAGCGUCGUAGCGCGACGACGAUGCCGUAUCCAAAGAUCCCGCUUCUGCAGAGAAGCAUGUCCGAGACCGAGGCGAACAUCAAGUCGGCGGUGCACCGUAGCGUCACCGACGCCGACCUCACCGGCGACUUCAGCAAGCCCUGCAUACUGCCGCUCGCCACGGGCUACCACCAGGAUCUCAAGUCCAUCUCAUCCACCACGUUGGCGGCGCUGUUACGCGGCGAAUUCGACGAUCGCGUGCGAUCCUACAAGAUCGUCGACUGCCGUUAUCCGUACGAGUACGACGGGGGCCACAUCGGGGGAGCCAUGAACCUUUACAACAAGGAUCUCAUCGAGCAGAACCUGUUCGACCCCUUGACCACGAUUCCCACGAUCCGGCCCGACACCGACAAGCGCGACAUACUCGUGUUCCACUGCGAGUUCUCGUGCGAACGCGGACCGAAUCUCUCGCGCUUCCUGCGCAGCUUGGACCGCCAGCGCAACAAGGAGCAUUACCCGGCGCUGCACUAUCCGGAGGUCUACCUGCUACACGGCGGCUAUGAGCAAUUCUACAAGGACCAGAAGGAGUUCUGCUCGCCGCAGGACUACAGACCGAUGAAACAUCCCGAUCACGAGGCGGACCUCCGGCAGUUUCGCAGCAAGAGCAAGAGCUGGCAGGGUGACAACAAGUCAAGAGUGAACAACAGCCAGGCAAUACGAACGAAUCUCAAACGUUUAGGCUUCUAGCAGACGCGGACGUAGUCGUUGUCUCCGGCCUUUCGCGGCUCGCUGGACGCGCGCGCCGUCGAUCGUCCGUCAGUCGGCCGCGCUUCAGCCGUAGAUGUUUUUCGUCGCAUUGUUUCACGUCGAACCUUCUCCCACACAGGCCGUCGGGGUAAAAAAACGCGUGCACCCAGUGCGCGUCAAUAAAGUGCAAACGGUGUAAAGAGAUUCGUCCUCUAUAGAUAUCAAUAUUUUUGUUUUCCUUUCGGAUGCUCUUUGCGCUCACAUGACUGACUCGGGGGACUCUCCCCCGGUUCUCUUGUACAUAAAUAUGUCGUUCGCGCGAGCACAUUUAGAUUUUAAUUGAUUUCUUAGUACAAGGAGAGAGAGAGAGAGAGAGAGAGAGAGGGGAAGUUCGGGGAUGCACUUGAGAUACAAAUCUCGUAAUACCUUGGACGAAGACAACGAAGAUGUAGGCUAUGAUGACAAUGAUAUUUCGUCGGGCCGCGGCGCAUCACGCUCGGAACCGAAAUUUUGUACAUAGAGAAGAAAGGUAGAAAUUAUAAAUUUUUAGAUCGUACAGUUCGUGGUCGCUCUUUAAUUAAGUACGACAAGUACAAUUGAACAUGCAAUAUCUCCGUGAGAACCCGAAGGAGGGCGAGGGACGUAGUUUCGCGAGUCCUCUCGGGCCACAUUGUGUACAUACGACCUCAACGAGCGACCUCAAUCACGUCGAUCUCUCGGUAUCGAUAUUGCUUCGUCGAAGCGGUCUUCGAAGCAAGUGCUUAAAAAAAAAA